AUGACGGAAGAAUCGCUGGCGCAUGUCGACGGGCAGGAAAAGAAAAUAUUCACUGCUAGAUGCCACUGCGAAUCGAUUGUAUUUACGUUUUUCAUCCCAACACCAGACACCCCGUUGUCCGCGUAUCUUUGCCAUUGCAGCAUAUGUCGCAGCUCGACAGGGACUCUGGCGAUCUGCCACGCCGUCCUGCCCGCCGGAGAGAGGCCAGUAUUUAUUGGCAGUUCAGGUGUGCAUAAUUUGACGGAAUAUGUACCGAUAGGUAGAUCAGGACGUUAUGACUUUCGAUUUUGCUCUACCUGUGGUGCUCAUGUGGCAAGCACUGAGAUCGCUACAGGGGACUGGAUCGUGUCUACAUCCAUUGUCACGGACGAAGACGCACGACAUAUCCGGUUCACAGAACAGUUCUUUACCAAAUCCGCACAGGACGGAGGUAUUUCAAGCCUGAUUAAGAUUAUUGGUAACACAGAACUCGAAACCUGGAACCCAGAGGAAGAGAGUACGCAAGCUAGCAUUACUGAGGAUGCGGAAUCGCAGGCGGCAGACCCAGAGGCUCUGCGCUUACAGUGCCACUGUGGUGGCGUGAAUGCUAAGAUAAUGCGACCUUCAAAUGUGGAGUUAUCAAUUGGGACUAGCAAUAGCUCAACACGCAAGUGGCCAGCGACACUAGAUAUUGGACGCGACUCCCGGCUCGUCAACGGUUGCCACAUCACUGGCUGGGUUAGACUACCAUUGACAGCUUGUGUGCCUGCGAUCGGCCGUGAUCUCAAGAUUGGGACAGCGAAGGCGUAUCAAUUGUCAGAUACGGCAGUUCACUCAUUUUGUGGAAUCUGCGGCGCUACCUUGAUGUCGCUAGACUCCAGCGAUGGAGACGACAUAACCCUGCUGGCCACAGGCACCUUGAAGGCUACCGAAGGUGCCAUGGCGCGGGAAUGGCUCUGCUGGAGCCCAGAGAUCAAGGGCUAUCUAGAUACCGCAGAUUUCGACCCGGAUUUUGGCGAAGCAGUCAAAACUGGCAUGGAGCAAUGGGCUUCGCAAGACUCCUAG